AUGGAUCCAAAAAACUUUACUGAACUUCAGGUCUUGCUGGAACUUUACCAACAGGAUCCAACGCUUUUGAGGGCUAAGCAAUUGAGUUUCCUGAGGGACUCUGUAGAGAUCAUGGGAGAUACUUUAUUAUAUUCAAAGAAACAUGCCUCUCAGGAGAAGAGAUUCAAGGAGCAAGGGAAACAACCAGAAGCAGCAGAAAGUGGGAAGAGUGACUCCGAAUUUGGUGAUGAUGGUGUUAUCAAACCAGACCUGGAUGGUCCCCAAGAAAUAGGAGAUGAACAUCUGGAAAUAACACCUGAGAUGAUAGGCCAGUCCAAUGAAAGGAGGGAAGAGGCCUUUGCUGCUCUCGAUGAAGGUGAUCUUCAGAAAGCUAUUGACUUAUUCACAGACUCUAUCAAGUUGAAUCCUCACUUCCACCUCUCAUAUGUCUUUUUGAAACUCCAGAAGCCAAAUGCUGCCAUUAGAGACUGUGACAGAGCCUGCGAGCUUAACUCAAAAUCAGCACAACCUUACAAGUGUAGAGGGCAAGCAUACAUGCUCCUGGGUCAGUGGGAGGAAGCAGCCCAGGACUUUACCUUUGCAUGUCAACUGGAUUAUGAUGAAGAUACCAAUGCCAUGCUAAUGAAUGUACAACUAAGGGCUGAGAACACUGUUAACCAUCGGCAGAAGUUUGAGCAUAAGUGUGUAAAGGCAAUCCAUGAGACUCUGGAAAGGGUAAAUUUGGCCUUGAAAGAACAAGAGAGAGCUCAGAAAGAGGAAAAUACCUGGCAAUGGAUGAUUACAAGCUGGUGGAAGUACUUUAACUUUUUUACAACUAUUCUGGAUCCAAGGAUAAUAAUAGCAUGGAUGGAUGUGACCUGGAACCCAAAUAACAUUUGCAAAUACUGCAGCAACCACAAAUUCAUGAAGUUCACCAGGCAGCAUGAUUGA